UUGCAGAUAGACACAAUCAGCUCAGCAACUGAGCAGAUCCCGGGAAAAGGCAAUAAGACAGAGAGCAGCAGCAGUAGCAGAGCAGUAAUUAAUUACAAAAGGAUAUUUUAAUGGAAAGCUGGAUUAUGAGGAUUGGAAGUGCAAUCUCUGAAUAUUGAAAGCCUGGAUUAGUGGCUUUUCAGUUUCCCUACACAAUGGGCAUAGAUAGGCGACAGAGAGCCUCUCUGGCUCUCACCUUAAACUUCAUCGCAGUCGUCUUCUCUGUCUCUGCGCUGAGCACCAGCUACUGGUGUGAAGGAACGAGGAAGGUGGUGAAACCUUUCUGCAAGGGUCCAGUGAAACUCAGGCAGAGUUACUGUAUCAUGUUCAAUAGCUCCAAUAUAAAUGACAGCCGCCUGGUACAAUAUAUUUGGGAAACCGGGGAUGAUAAAUUCUUAAUGAGACGUUUCCACACCGGGAUUUGGUUGUCCUGUGAGGAAAAUGUUAAUGGAAUAGGAGAGAAUUGUCGAAGUUUUCUGAACAUUGCACCACCCCAUGAGAAAGGUGUGCUGUGGCUCUGUAUCGUUACAGAAUGUUUGUAUAUUCUUUUGCUUGUGACGGGUGGAAUCCUCAUGUCAAUAGAGAUCUGUCACUUCACUAACGUUAUCGAUGGACUGAAACUAAAUGCCUUUGCUGCGAUAUUCACUGUCUUAUCAGGGCUGUUAGGCAUGGUAGCACAUAUGAUGUAUACCACUGCUUUCCAGUUAACAGUGAGUCUUGGACCAGAAGACUGGAGACCCCAGACAUGGGAUUAUGGCUGGUCCUACUGCCUUGCGUGGGGUUCGUUCACCUCCUGUAUGGCUUCUUCUGUGACAACAAUCAACAGAUAUACAAAGACAAUCCUAGAGUUCAAGCACAAACGGAGGAAGAUUGAGAAAAGUUUAAAAGUCAAACAGAAGUUACUUGACUUUGAUUCGCCGGAGCAGGUCUGGGACAUGUACAUCAGUUCUGUGCCCAGCACAGCAGAGGAACUCAUGGAUUCCUCAAGUAAUGGGCGCAGGCUGUCCAAUACCUCAGUCUUCAUAGACCUGAACGACCUUCCUGACCCACAGGAGGAAGAAUAUUGCUGAAUAUUUGUGGUUGUUUAAAACAAAAAUAGUAGCGUUUCAAGUACCGGUACUUCAAGUUAAGGUAUUUGGUUAAUUACAUCUUUUAAACCAUUGAAAGGGGGUCUUACAGUUGCUAAUGAAAUAAUUCCACGAUCCUGUCAUGCACCUCCAUUUGCUCGUACAGCAUGUGCAAUUUUGAAAGAAGCUUUUGUUAAAACAAGUGUUUUCAGUUUUUUAAAAAAAUCUCCUGGUGAAAUGACCCAGGAAAUAGACCUGAAAGUAAGACCUUUAAAAACAACUCUCUAUUUUUAAAUGAAAAUACAUGUUUACUAGGCGUUUCUUUGAAAGCUGCUCAUGUGAGACCUAUACAUAUUGUGAAUGGAUGGUAAGAUGGAAGUAUUUCAGUAACUGUAACUACUUUAAAAUCCUGUUAUUUUACAGCAACACAAUGCAAUACAGUGUUGCCUUUGAAGUAAUCAUUCCUGUAGUACUCUAUAGACAAAAUAGCGCUGUCCGAGUUUUCUGCUUUGUUCAUUAAAAUCUGCUUGAGGGUGAUGUCCAAUAUAUGUUGAAAGAACAAAAAGAUCUUCAGGGGAUCGGAGAUAAGGUUGCUAAUGCUAAUAAGUGAAUUUUGGCCAGUCAUCUGAACCGCAUUGAAUGUAAUGAUGCUGCCACAGUACAGCACGUUGCGUAGCUUCAUCAAUAUGAAAACAAUGCAGUGCUGUUCUGAACUGGCUAAAACAAGAUACAUGCUCAACCUGUAGGGAGCUUCUAAUUGGGUAUUCAAAGACAUUCUUUCAGAUAGCAUGCCAAUAUGAACGUCACCACAGUCCGUCAUUUCCACUUUAAAGUGUUAUAGAACAUCCUGCUGUGGUAACAAGAAACGCAUUACUAUAUAGUUGCUGUAGCCUGUGUUGUAGAUAUUAAGAAAUAUAUUUUUCAAAAUAACUGGAAUAAAACUAGAAACUUUGAGCUUCAUGGUGUUUCCAGAUCAUGCUCCCUUCUGCUACUGGUCUUAUUGGAAAAAAAGGUUGUUAUGGGAACAGAAAAGCAGCAGCCUUGUUUCUGAAGGGAGAAUGUUUCAAGAGGGACAUACAAGUGCUCCCAUUAACAGCACUGCACUGUCGCCGGUUAACUCGGAGAGGAAAGAGCACAUAACUGUUUUUUAUUAGUCUGGAACCUAAAAAAGGAAAGACCAAAGUUUUUGCCGUAUAACAAGCUGUAACUAUGAAUCAAGUGUACUUGGAGACAAUCUCCCUUGCUCGUUUAAAACCUAGACCCGGUCUCAGAUUUUAUCUAUUCAAAUAUUGUUAUCUCCUUGUACAAUCCUUAUAAAAGUUUACCACGUAAAUUUGUAGCAUGCUUUUGCAGUUUUCCCAAGUGUUCUAAUACGCUUUCCUCUCUGGCAUUUAAAAUGUUUUGCCAUGCUUUCACUAUGCUGUUUUACAUUUUACUAUGCUUUUACUAUGGUAAACAUUUAUAAUGGGAUUUGAUGAGCCCUGUCGUUAUUUCUUAAAUAUACUGCAUAAGCCUGUGUAAUUCCCUUUUAAAAGCACCGUUCCCUUGACUCAUUAGAAGUUGUAAUUGUCUGAGUUUUUGUAGGCACAAUAGAGAUUUUGAAAUGUUAAGAUGUUUUUCCGUGUGUGUGUGACAGACAGAGUACAGGCCAGCAGCGCCCAUUAUGUUCAGUGUGAAGUGAGAAAACACUUUGUAAAAUGAUUGAGUACAAUGUCAAACGUAAAACAGUGUGUGUUGUGAAAUAGUCUAGUCUUUGCAAUAUACAUAUAUCAAUUGCGAGAUGUUGUAUGAUGAAUAUUGUAAUAUUGUUUUUGCACCUGUCAAAUGUUUUAUGGAUAAUAAUAAAUAUUUUACUGUUUUGCUGUAUGAUGUAUAUAUUUUUAA